CACAUCGCAACCACAACAACAUGCCACAACCAUCCCUGUUCCGCCAGCUCUGGCUGAACUGGAAGUCGCUGCACCUGCCCUGGCGCCGUCGCUGGCUGCGCGGCUCCGACCUCGCCGGCAACACCUUCUGGGAGUUCAAGGACCACGCCGGCGCCACGCGCCUCCGCCGCAUCGUCGAGUACAGCCGGAAAACCCACUACGGCGACGUCUACAUCACGCCGCAAUGGACGCAAUGGCUCCGCUACAACCGCGCCGCUCCCCCCUCUCUCGCUGAGCAGGAAGCCGACCUCGUCCGCCAGGCCCGCAUGAAACAGCUCGCUGCCGACGCCGACGCCCGCUGGGCUGCCAAGCCCUCCGUCCUCGACCCGCCUGACCGCGCGCAGAUGGUCGCUGCGCCCUUGGCGUCGCGACAGUCGCCCGAGGUUGCGGGGGUAGAGCCCGAGCCCAUAAACGUGCAGCCUGAACCCGUAGUGGCGGCCGCGGCCGCGCGCCAGGAGCAAACAGCACAACAAAGCACGCCCAAGCAAGCCAAGAACAACAAAAAGCAAGCAAAGAAACAGCAGCAGCAGCAGAAGACCGACGCCCCCUCGCCAUGGGACAAGCACGCGCUCUCAGCGCAGCAGGCCCAGGAAUGGCAGCCCGAGAGCUGGACGCCGAAGCCUGCGUCGCGGAAGCGGUAGGGUGGGGUGGGUUGUUGAGGUGCGGUAAAAGGAAAAAGGAAGGGGAGGGGUGGGUGUUUGAUGAGAGGGAUUGGGGUUGUGGAUACGGCGCAGGGAAUGGUGGAAAACGCGCUUGCGCAUGAGCUACGGGUAUGAAUACGGCACAACACAGCACAGCACGAUGCCUUCUUCCAUUAAGGCACACAUAUUAAAUCAAAGCAUACG